GUGUUUCGUCGCGUUGGAGGCACUUACAGCGACCCGCGCGUUUGUUGCACAGCGGAGUGUGUCGCGCGCUAUGGAGCCCGAGCGGCGUGGCGACGACGGCGAUAGCGGCGAGGCCUCGCCGACGUUCCGCCGCGUCGGCAGUCGUACUCGCUCUCGCAGCUUCAACAACAGCACCGCCGCCGCCGCUUCGUCCAGCCCAUCCCGGAAAGAGGAGUGCGGCGGAUCGCGUUCUCCUCGCGCUGUGGCCUGCGGCACCACCACCAAGAAGGCCUACUCGCUCGAAUCCAUCCAGCGCUGCAAACGCUGGCGGCCCUGCCAGUUGCUGCGCGAAGUGUUCGCCAAGACGCCGCUUCUGUUCGGCGCGCGGCGACAGCCGCACAAGGCGACCACGUCUUCGAUGGCUCCCGAGACGCUGUCGUCGGAGGACAGCGGUCACGCCGAGUCGCCCGUCUCUCUGGUGUCCGUCGUGAUCGAGACGCCGCCGUCGCCUCCCGGCGUCGGAGGAGACCCGCCUUCCAAGUCCAGGAGGUCCUGCAGCGCCGACUCGGCCGUGGAUUUCGACACGGGCGACGAGGCCCUACUUGUGUCGCCUCUCGGUGGUGAUGGUGAUGGUGGCGGUAGUGAUAACGGUGGUGAUGUUUCUGCCAACGGCGUCGUUCUGGUGGACAACAGCUCCGUAGUGGACCGCCACUGCACCGUCCUGGUGGACGGCGGAACCGUCGUGCUGGACGGCAACUCGCUGCACCAGCCUCCGCACCCUCAGCACCAGCUGCACCGCACGAGCCUCCCGGGCGACAGGUCCAAGCGGCCCCUGUCCCAGUGUCUGUCCCUGUCGUGUCCCGUGCUGAGCGCUCCGAGCGUCGUGGUGAGCGACUUCAGCAGCUGCGACGUCUCGCCGGAGAUCAUCGAAGAGGUGGACGCCGACCUGUCGCCCGGGGGCGAACUCCGAGACUACCUCUCGCUGGGCGGACGCUCGUGCAGCUCGUGCUCGCUCUCGUCGACGGUGUCCAGCGCCUCGUGGGACGACGAGGCGUCGCAGAGCGACGUCAGCGAAGCCGGCUCGGCGUGCUCGUCGAAGCCUUCGGGGUGGCGAAAGGUGCGGAACGUUGUCCACUGGUCUCCGUUCGUCCAGACCUACAGGAAAUACAAGUACCCAUGGAUACAGCUCGCGGGGCACCAAGGCAAUUUUCGCUCGGGCACCCAAGGCACGAUUCUCAAGAAGCUGUGCGGCAAGGAGGAGUCCUGCCUGAAACAGCUCAUGAGGGAUCCCUGGCUGCGGGACUACGUGCCCGAGUUCAAGGGCCGCGUCGAGAUGGAGGACUGCAGCACCUACUUGGAGCUGCAAGACCUGCUCGCUGGAUUCCAGUGCCCCUGCGUGAUGGACGUCAAAGUGGGCCUGCGCACGUACCUCGAAGAAGAGCUGGCUAAGGCUCGGGAAAAGCCCAAGCUUCGCAAGGACAUGUACGAAAAGAUGGUGGCCGUCGACCCAGACGAGCCGACACCCGAGGAGCACGAGCUGAAGGCAGUGACCAAGCCCCGUUACAUGAUCUGGAGGGAAACCAUCAGCUCUACAGCCAGCCUGGGAUUCCGCAUUGAGGGCAUUAAGAAUCCCGAUGGAACCUCCACGAAAGACUUUAAGACGACAAAGUCGAGGGAGCAGGUCUUGAAUGCCAUUGACACUUUCACAAAAGGCUUCGACGAUGCACUGGGAAAGUACCUGCAGCGGUUACGAUCUCUCUACAACGCAUUGGAGCAGUCGGAGUUCUUCUCCACUCACGAGUUCAUCGGCAGUUCCCUGCUGUUUGUGCACGACAAAAUAGGAGCCAGCGUGUGGCUGAUCGACUUUGCCAAAACCGUGGCAACACCACCCGGUGUGUCUAUAACGCAUCGGCAGCCCUGGGAAGUCGGCAACCAUGAGGACGGCUACCUCAUCGGCCUCUCAAACCUCAUCGGCAUCUUCGAGGAGCUCCUAGACAACCGCUGCGGCGGUUACUCCAAGAGCCUGCCACCAGAGAUACCCGCCUAGGCUCAAGCCUACCCCCCUCCUGGCGUGCCCCCUCAAGUCACAGCAUGGCAGCCCUGGACAGUGUUCUUGUGGUGGCCUGUGCCCAGAGGACCUUGUGAACUUGGCACUGAACACUUGCAGGUGAAAGUGCCAACAGCUCCCCCCUCGCCAAGGGGCCAAUUUCAAUGGUGCUUCACAUGGUGCAAUGACAGCUGCAGCCAAGAGAGUGCUCUUGCACCUUGUUUCCUCGAGGUGUGCCUGCCAAGAUUAGUCCGUCUUUCGAAACUUGGUGAACUCUUCCUGAGGACAAUGUGAAAUGAAAUGCGAGGAGCCUGAGCACAGCUGCUCAGAAUGUCGAUGCAAAGAUGGUGCAUUGCAUGUGUAUGCUUCAGAAACAACUGCUAAAGAGUGUAUACGAAGCCUGAGGUAAUUCGCUUAGGUAUACCU